GUUCAUUUGUAUUGACUACCGGUACUAGUGGAGCUUUAUUUGUUGUAUCAUAAUAUGCUUUACGUCCAAGGCAGCCCGGGCAGACUUCGCAAAGAUAUACCAGUACCGUGUUACUAUGGACAAUAGCGGGCACCUAAACCUGGUGUCUUUUGCUUUUUUCCUAUGCAUCUUGGCCUGCGGCGGUCGCGUCCUUUCACAAGCGCCUGCUGGGGCAGAUUCUCAACAGCUGCAACCGCUUAUAGCUGAGUUUGAUGCCGUCUCACCCUCUCAAAAGCAGGCAUGGGUGCAUAUAUGGAGUACAUAUGCGCGGACCAUGCUUUGUGCGUUGCAAGACGCUCGGGGAAACGGCCAACUUCACAUUUACAUGAACGGCGACAGUUCAUUCCGCCAACAGAAAAACUUCCUAUGUAACAUUCUUCAACCGGGCUUCAUGCGGGGAAAAUGGGCUCUUGACGUUAACGCACUUCACGACGAACACGAGAGCAGCUGCUACAACAGUGAACUCAACAUCCGCGUCACGUUCAUCGACAACAGCUGCUGUGACACGGGGCGCCUAGCCUACCUGCUGCACCGCGAUACAGACCCAACGGGCAAGGAAAACCCUCCAGCUUGGAAGCCGCGAACCGUGGGUCAGUCAUCGCCUGCGCAGCCAGUAGUGCUGACCGCAGCAACGCCAGCCGCCACAUCAGAGGCUGCGACGGUGGGCAGUGGCUUACUACGGGAGGCGGCGAUUAUGGCUGGAGAAGAUUGGGUCAUUGCAAGGGGGCAAGCUACGAGCAAUGCAGGGACACAGGCAUUACCGGUAAAGUCUGUGGCUGCAGACGUGGACGCGGACACCGAAACGCAGCUUGUGCUCUACCUCAAUUGCGGGCUUCACCUGAUGCAUCUGGGUCGUGCUCGGCCUUUCGAGUGUCUGCAGCAGCAAUACGGAUACGUUGAGACGAUACAGGAAUUCUCACGGGCAGCGGCACGGCUGUACCCGGGGUCCCCGCAGAUCUUCAUGACCUCCAACCACGUCUGCGAGUCCAACUUCCGGGGUCCCUAUGCCGAUGCCCUCAAAGAGGCUGCCGCCGACCCCGAAGGUUUCUUGCGACAAUGCGUGGAGAUCGUCAACAUGACCGCCGGGCCGCUGCUGGGCAACAUCCCCGCCCUGUCCUAUGCCUGCCGAGAAGGCCUGUUCGUGGGUCACGGCACCGCAAGCCUUCGGAGACGCAUGCUCCUGGCGCUGAGGGAGGAGAAGGAGCUGAGGGCCCGCGGGGACCAUGUGGGUGUGGUGGAUGCGUAUGCGCUGACCGAGGGGCAGUGCUGGGCCAGCCAGUCGUCCGACGGCCGGCACUACCCCUACGUGGUGCCCAUGGUGGUGAUGGAGCUUAUUGCCACGAUGCAUCGGCAGCUGCUGCGGGCGCAUUAGCGGUGUGUGGCUGCAGUCAGCAUACACUAUGAAACGACUGAACGCAUUAUUAAAUGGAACGACAGAACAGCAGGC